AAAAAUCACUUGCCUGACUCCGGUGUGGGCAGUGUGGAUACAGUUCACAUUUUCUGAAAAACAUUUGGAAACCAUUGUAUUCUGUUUUGAUUCAGAUUUUACACAACGCCCCAACUUCAUUGGAAUUUGAGUUUGCGCGCUUCUCACUUUCAUGAUAAUGGUAUUCGGCCUAAAAUUCGCAAAACCUUCUCCCUCUCAUACCGCACAUAGUUUGUCGCGGUCAGGCCUGGUCCCCAACCUGUGCAGAUAGCAGACGUCCACGUGUUUUUGUGUAUUAUUUUGUGGUACGAUAGAUGUGGUAAGAAUAGAUGAAAUAGGUCGCUUAAGUUCUAGGUCUCAGAUGCACUGCCCCUCCACUAGAUUUUAGAGUGCCAUUUUCCUUACUUAUAAAAGAAAAUAAAAGAAAGAACAGCACCAUUUUUAGGAGGGGUGAAGCCAGGAAUUUUUCAGCUGGGUGGCCCGACCGAACUUGUUGCCGUAGCCAAAUGAUCGUCAAUUUGGGUGGGCUGCCGUUAGAGCUUCGAGCAGAAAAUCUUCUCACGGUAUUUCCCCAAACAUGUGGUGGGGUUGGACAUUAGGGUGGUGUAGCUUUCUGUGCAUGGUGUCCACCGCCACCCCCUGGCCACCCGCCAUCUCCGCCCCUGGUUUUUCGGGGGAGGGGGGGUACAGAUACGAGUGUUGUCUUUCAUCUCGUAUAUCAAAGCACCACUUUUACUGUAUGACGUAGCUGUCAGUCUUUGCGGGUUUUCAGCAAUUAUCUUAUCUUCACCAAAUUUCUCUAGAGGGUCUUUAAACCAGUGCUUGCUAAAAAUGGGUGUUUUGUUUUGCCGAAGCGCUUCUUCUUCCUCCCCCCGUCGUCACAACGCGGAAGCAGAGGAAGACUCGCAGGGGGGCAGGAGCGAGGAGGCGCAGGGGGUGCCAGCAGGCUGUCGGAAGCCCAACACGAGCACAAGCGCCGCAGACAAGCGUCGCCACGAGGGAAGGCGUGAAACGGGAGCCGAAAUUGGGGAGCCGGCGGAGGUGCUCGGCUUCAUCAUGGCGCUGAUCCCGUCGCAGGUUCUCCGCGUCGCCAUCCUGCUGUCUUACUUCUCCAUCCUGUGCCACUACAAGGCUCUCGACAUGCCGGCGCACCAGACCUACGGGGGCAGCUGGAAGUUCCUCACCUUCAUCGACCUGGUGAUCCAGGCGGUGUUCUUCGCCGUGUGCGUGCUGAUCGACGUCUCCAGUCUGCUGACAAAAGCCGGAGAAAACCGAGAGCAGGAGAGGCAGCUCAGAAAGCUGAUUGGCCUCAGGGACUGGAUGAUGGCUGUCCUGGCAUUCCCUGUUGGAGCGUUUGUGGUGUUCACCUUCUGGAGUCUGUACCUAUACGACAGAGAGCUGGUCUACCCCAAACUGCUGGAUAACUUCAUACCUCAGUGGCUCAACCACGGCAUGCACACCACGGUGCUGCCGUUCAUCAUCAUCGAGAUGCGCACCACACACCAUCGCUACCCCAGCAGGCCGUGUGGCCUGGCGGCCGUGUGCUGCUUCGGCGUAGGCUACAUCCUCUGGACUUGUUGGGUGCAGCAGGUCACGGGCAUGUGGGUGUACCCGGUCUUGGAGCGCAUCACGCCGCUCGCCCGCGUCGUCUUCUUUUGUGUGCUCACCGCCGUCAUUUGUGUCUUCUACCUGCUUGGAGAAAUACUCAACAGCUACAUCUGGUACCAGCCGCACACAGCAAAGAUCAAAGGUGAGUGAACUUUUGUCACGCAUGCCAAUGGAGUGGCACACGUAAGGUCACAUGUCAAGCUCCACCCACCAGAGAGCACAAAGACUGCGGAGUUGUGACCUUUUGAACCCCCUCCAUCAACACCAACAAGCCUGAAUAUAGGGAACUGGAUGCAAACUUUUAUUUUUUUUUUUUUUACUUUUUCCUUAUCUUGCCAAAGCACACACACACACACGGUACUUUGACAUGCACAGCAGACACAUACGCAUAGAAAAGUACACACAUGCCCCUUCACUCUUGCACAGGGACAGAUGAACAUGAAUGUCCAUGAACGCACAUUGUCAUAAAGGUCUUGAUGAGGGUGAUCUAGUAUUGAUACACACACACAAACUUUUUCUCAUCCCCUGAGGUACACACAAGCACAGCAACAUACAUAAUUUGUCCUCAUUGCGGUCAUCACAGAUGAACUUUAUUGAUCGCCAGCCAAUGGGAGGGCACAUAUAAACAAGCGUUGACAUCUACGGACAAUUUAGUCUUGAAUGUAGCUUACGUGUAUGAAAAUCCACUCUGGCGCAGGGACAACAUGCAAACUCCACACAGGAAGGCCUGAGCUGAGAUUCAAAGCCAGAACCUUUUGACGGCGAGCGUAGACGUGCUGACCGCUAGGUCACCCGUGUUGCCCAUGUGGACUUAGCGUGUAUUAAAGGUCACGACAAGGGCUUUCCAAAUGUCAUUACAUUUUUAUGUAGUGUGUAUUCUUGUGAUACAAGUGACCUGACUAGGUUGUCAAGAUGCAAGCCUUCAUUGGGAUUUUUUUUAAAUGUAUUUUAGGUUUUAUUACUGUAUCUUGGCAAUGAACUCAAUACACUUUACAGUAUUAACACUUUGACAAAUAGUACAUUUUCUUUGAAAUUAUUUUUUAAAGGGAAUUUGAGCUGUUUAUUGUUACUCUUUGUUGUUAGUCUAAACACAAAAGCAGAAUUACACAUCGUUGCUGUGCUGGUGUCUAUCUCUGUUUUUUUUUGGGGGGGGGCAUCAAUGGUGCAGUAUUCCCAUCUAUCUAAAUGGGGAAAGUAUUUUAGAUACACGUUUCAUGCAGGGUCACAGGACAAAUUCAACUUGUAUCCUUACUCUGUACUCUGAUGACAACACAGCGAUAAAAAAUGCUAAAUUAUGAAGCUUGCAAUCAUAACUGGACUUUAUUUAUUUAACUCAUUUUGUGAUUUAUUUUUUUAAUAUCGGAUACCUUGGGUCAUUGCUACUUGGUAGUGCUAAUAGUCAUUUACCUGCAGAGGGCGCUACCAGAGUCACUGGAACACAGCACAUUGAGUAUUAUAUGAUGAAAGGUUACAUAUUUUAAUGGCGUGACAUUGUAGUGUGUGGCAAUGUUUUGGCAAGAUAGCAAAAAUGGUUACAGGUGAAGUUACAACUUUUUGUAGUUUUUUGGGAGGGGGGAUAAAGUGGGGCUGUGUUGCUUGGUGAUGGAUAAAAAAAAAACAGGCUGCUGAACUCGUCACAGAAACAUAUUUAUUGGAUUAGGUUUUAUUUAAUGUCAGCUUUAACCAAACUACUGAAUUUGAAUGGUGAAGUCACAUGAUUAACAGAAAAAAUAAAUCCAAAAUCCCU